CGUUCUUUCGGGCCAACUCAUCGGUCUUUUUGACACAGAAUAUGUUUGUUUUCCUUUCCUGAUUGUAAUGAACUGAAACUAAUUUAUUGCAAUAAUUUAGAUCUAGUGAAUAGCAAAUAUGGAGGUUUACUAUCUCAUAUUCGUUUUGAGUGUUUUCUGGCAUGGUUCAGAAGGUAUUAUGUGGAGCCUAGCUCCGAACACCCAAAAGUGUUUGAAAGAGGAGUUGCACGCGAAUGUCCUCGUGGCUGGAGAGUAUGAAGUCACAGAAGUCGCCGGUCAGAGAGUAGAUUACACUAUUCGUGAUUCAAAAGGCCACAUCUUGUCACAGAAGGACUCCAUCACCAAAGGGAAGUUUACAUUUGUGACAGAAACUUACGACACUUUUGAAGUAUGCUUCAUUUCGAAAGUGCCGCCAGAACGCCGCAGCGUUAGCCAGGAUGUACAUCUAGACAUCAAAGUUGGGAUUGAAGCCAAAAACUAUGAGGGUAUCGGUGAAGCUGCCAAGCUGAAACCUAUGGAAGUGGAACUGAAGCGGCUGGAGGACCUGUCGGAGGCCAUCGUUCAAGACUUCACCUUAAUGAGGAAACGAGAGGAGGAGAUGAGAGACACUAACGAGUCGACAAACAACCGCGUGCUGUUCUUCAGCGUGUUCUCUAUGGUGUGCCUCCUCGGACUCGCCACGUGGCAGGUGCUGUACCUGCGCCGCUACUUCAAGGCCAAGAAGCUCAUCGAAUAGACUCACAUAGGGCAGGGGUCUCCGGACACAGGCAAGAAGGGUUUACCACCGUACCACCAACAUUGGAAUAUUUAAAAAUAUACUAAGCGGGUUACUCACGUGUUAGUCGAUAUAACGUUCGACAUGUUAACGACAUGAGUAACCCGCUUAAAAUAUUUUUUAAAUAUGUUUGAGUCUCACAGGAGUUCUAUAGUUAAAAUUGGAAUAUUUCUUCACCGCACCAACUGGUAAAGGCGUUCUUGAUACUUCAAAAACGAAAGUUGCAUUUUUUACGCAAGCUGUGGUGGAUGUCUUAUGCUGAUAGAAUUUAUUUAUUUAAACUUUAUUGCACAAAUUUACAAAAAAGAGUACAAAUGGCGGACUUAACGCCUUGAGGAAUUCUCUACCAGUCAACCAUCGGGCUAAACAGAAACAGUUAGUUUGGUGCACGAUUUUAAAAUUAAAAAUGAAAACUUAGGUCAAAAUUGCAAUAGCAAUAUACAUACUUAAUACUAAUAAUUUACUUAUAAAUAAUGAUUUUAAAUCAGAAAUAGGUAUUGAAUAAACUAAUUGGUUUGAUUUAGUUUGAUGUUUUAAAGUUUGUAUUGUAUUCGUGUUGGUGUGGUGAAAAAUUUUGUGUUUUACUCGGUGGCAAAAUACGCGCCUUGAAACCCUGGCAACGCUCAAGAUUCCACUUCUCGAACUACUUGCUACGCUCGCGGUUCAAUAUUGGAAAAUUUCGCUUGCUCUGAUAUCAAGAGAGACCAUGCUAAUUUAGCAAUGGCUGUAGAAACACUGUGAAAGAUUAAUAAACUUUUUAGUGGGACAUCUACACUUGUGAUUCGACUGAAUAUAAAGCAAAUUGCCUUGAUGUGGUGAAAAGGAGACCCCUAACGGGUCACUUGCACAAUUACUACGUUUCGUUAAAAAUGGCGGCUCAGAUAUCAAACUCUUCACAUAAGCUAAUUUAACGUUGUUUUGUGCAACUGGCCCUAGACGGUAUGUCUUGUAUGCGAGAUUCGUUACUUCCAAGCAGUUUUGUGAAAGUUGACAACUUUGCCCUGUAACAAAUUCACUAUCAGACAAAUAAGGGAACGCUACGCACUACGUCAGAAACCGGUCGUAAUUUAUAACCGCCCGCUGGUAUGGCGAUAACCAGCCCGGUGGGUUCUCCGUAGGGUUGCAAAAAAAACGGUUUUUUUCUGACUUGAAAAAAAAAUGAAAAAAAAAACCGUGAAAAAAAAACAGUUUUUUUUCUAAAGGUUGAAAUAUCAAAAUUUGCAGAACAGUUAACGUUUUUUACGGUUUUUUAGACUUUAUGUUAACUAUUAAACAAAUUUAAUUUAAUAACUUUAAUUUCUGGUUUUAUAAAACUAACAUUUA